AUGGCGUUCUAAAAGCCAAGGUUUGUUUUCCACCGUGCAAAGUAUGUUUAAGUGCAUUAACCGAACGGCCCAGUUUAUGAGACAUCUUCAGUCAGCAGACAGCAGUUUCGAUCGUAACCAAUUUAGGCUGGUGUCGUCCUUCCCACUCAGAAUGACCGACUCGGCUGUGAACAGGGUGGUUAGUGACAUAAUUCGCUCACCCGAGGACAAACGGGUUUACAGGGGCCUGGAGUUUACCAAUGGCCUGAAGGCGAUGCUCAUCAGUGACCCAACAACAGAUAAGUCCUCUGCUGCUUUGGAUGUCCACAUAGGUUCACUAUCCGACCCUGCAAACAUCUCAGGCCUGGCCCACUUUUGUGAGCACAUGCUGUUCCUGGGAACACAGAAGUACCCUAAGGAGAACGAAUACAGUCAAUUCCUCAGUGAACACGCAGGCAGCUCCAAUGCCUUCACCAGCGGAGAGCAUACCAACUAUUACUUCGACGUGUCCCAUGAGCACUUGCAAGGAGCACUAGAUAGAUUUGCCCAGUUCUUCCUGUGCCCACUGUUUGAUGAGAGCUGCAAAGACCGGGAGGUGAAUGCUGUGGACUCUGAGCACGAGAAGAACUUGAUGAAUGAUGCCUGGAGGCUGUUUCAGUUGGAGAAGGCCACUGGCAACCCAAACCACCCCUUCAGUAAAUUUGGAACAGGUAACAAAUUGACACUUGAGACCAGACCAUCUAAAGACGGGAUUGACAUCCGUCAGGAGCUCCUGAAAUUUCACUCUACAUAUUACUCCUCUAACCUCAUGGGACUGUGUGUGUUAGGAAGAGAGUCACUGGAUGAGUUGACGUCCAUGGUGGUGAAGCUAUUUGGAGAGGUGGAAAACAAGAAUGUGCCUAUUCCAGAAUUCCCCGAGCACCCCUUCCAGGAGGAGCACCUAAGGCAAUUCUACAAAGUGGUUCCUAUCAAAGACAUUCGGAACCUAUAUGUGACUUUCCCCAUCCCAGAUCUACAGAAGUACUACAAAUCCAACCCAGGCCAUUAUCUGGGACAUCUGAUUGGUCACGAAGGGCCUGGAAGUUUGUUAUCUGAGCUGAAAUCUAAAGGCUGGGUGAACACACUCGUUGGAGGGCAAAAAGAAGGAGCCAGAGGAUUCAUGUUCUUUAUCAUCAAUGUGGACUUGACUGAGGAGGGCCUCUUGCACGUUGAGGACAUCAUCUUCCACAUGUUCCAGUACAUUCAGAAGCUGCGUACUGAAGGGCCUCAGGAGUGGGUGUUUGACGAGUGCAAGGAUUUAAACAAAGUCGCCUUCAGGUUCAAGGACAAGGAACGACCCCGUGGCUACACUUCCAAAGUGGCAGGCUUACUACAUUACUACCCUCUCGAGGAAGUUCUAGCAGCAGAGUACCUUUUGGAGGACUUCAGGCCAGAUCUGAUCGAGAUGGUGCUGGAUAAGCUGCGCCCAGAACACGUCAGAGUUGCAGUGGUGUCAAAGUCAUUCGAAGGACAGACCGACAAGACGGAAGAAUGGUAUGGCACACAGUACAAACAAGAGGCCAUCUCAGAAGAGACCAUCAAGAAAUGGGCAAAUGCAAACCUCAACGGCAAAUUCAAAUUACCCAUGAAAAACGAGUUCAUCCCUACAAACUUCGAGAUCUACCCUCUUGAAAAAGACUCUCCUUCAGUCCCCACUUUAAUCAAGGACACAGCUAUGAGCAAGGUGUGGUUCAAGCAGGACGACAAGUUCUUCCUGCCGAAGGCUUGCCUGAACUUUGAGUUCUUCAGCCCGUUUGCGUAUGUGGACCCAUUGCAUUGUAACAUGGCAUAUUUAUACCUGGAGCUCCUCAAGGACUCCCUCAACGAGUAUGCAUAUGCAGCCGAGCUAGCUGGCUUGAACUAUGACCUCCAAAAUACCGUCUAUGGGAUGUAUCUGUCUGUUAAAGGCUACAAUGACAAACAGCACAUCCUGCUGAAGAAGAUCAUUGAAAAGAUGGCCACCUUUGAGAUAGAUGAGAAGCGCUUUGACAUCAUCAAGGAAGCAUACAUGAGGUCUUUAAAUAACUUCAGAGCAGAGCAGCCUCACCAGCACGCCAUGUACUACCUCCGUCUUCUGAUGACAGAGGUUGCUUGGACCAAAGAUGAGCUCAGAGAGGCUCUAGAUGAUGUAACUCUCCCACGCCUCAAGGCCUUCAUACCACAGCUAUUGUCACGGUUGCAUAUUGAAGCUCUUCUCCAUGGCAACAUCACCAAGGAGUCUGCUCUUGGCAUGAUGCAAAUGGUCGAGGACACGCUCAUUGAGCACGCUCACACAAAGCCCCUCCUCCCGAGCCAACUGAUUCGCUACAGAGAGGUGCAGGUUCCAGACGGUGGCUGGUAUGUUUACCAGCAGAGGAAUGAGGUGCACAACAAUUGUGGCAUUGAGAUCUACUACCAGACAGACAUGCAGACUACCCAUGACAACAUGCUGCUGGAGCUGUUCUGUCAGAUCAUCUCUGAGCCCUGCUUCAACACGCUGAGAACCAAAGAACAGCUGGGCUACAUUGUGUUCAGCGGACCCCGGCGGGCUAACGGAGUGCAAGGCCUGCGCUUCAUCAUCCAGUCGGAGAAGGCGCCGCACUACCUGGAGAGCCGAGUGGAGGCCUUCCUCUGCACCAUGGAGAAAGCUGUGGAGGAGAUGAACGAGGAAGCCUUCCAGAAACACAUCCAGGCCCUGGCCAUCCGCCGCCUGGACAAGCCUAAGAAGCUGUCUGCUGAGUGUGCCAAGUACUGGGGAGAGAUCAUCUCUCAGCAGUAUAAUUUUGACAGAGAUAACAUUGAAGUAGCAUAUCUGAAGACUUUGACAAAGGAAAACAUAAUGAACUUCUACAAGGAACGGCUGACAGUCGAGGCCCCAAAGAGGCACAAGGUGUCCGUGCACGUCCUCUCCAGAGAGAUGGAUUCCUGUCCAAUAGUGGGAGAGUUUCCUGCUCAGAAUGAUGUCAACCUGACCCCUGCUCCUUCCCUGCCACAGCCCACGUUGGUUCAGGACAUGACGGAGUUCAAGAGGAGCCUGCCUCUGUUCCCUCUGGUCAAGCCUCACAUCAACUUCAUGGCCGCCAAACUGUGAGGGAGGCUGGCAGGUCGACACACGGCGGCACGAGGGGGCGGAGGCCGGGGAGGGCGACUGCAGGGACCCCCCCCACCCGCUCUGUUCCCCCACCCUCCCAUCUUCCUCCUCCUCCUCACCCUCCUCUUCCUCCCUCCCCGUCAAGAAGACUUUCAUCGGACUGAGCCUGCACGAGUGUGCGUGUGUGUGUGUGUGUGUGUUGGAGCGGGUGAAUGUGCAGCAGGCCAGAGCCACUAGAAGAGAUGCUCGAAAUUAACAGACAAUUCGAAUCACAAAAGUUAGCAGAGACCGUUAGCCGUGGUAACGAUAGAGAUCACACCACCUCAUGUUAAGGUCUCUAAAAGGAGAUGCAACACUCACAUGCGUCCCAACCCUGUGUAGGCUGUUGUAGAAGAGCUAGAAAUGACGUAAACUAAGACGAGGGCCGUCCCUCUUUAACAAACGUACUGCAAGGCUUCCCAACCGGAGGCGUUUUCUUUGAGUUAUUCAGACAUGCUGCUUUGAGAAUGGAUAGCAGGUUGAUUGUGAUGAACCGGGGGGGCUGUGGUGGUGGAAGACAGUAGCUCUAUGAAGGUCUUCUCUUUUAUUUGUCGGACUGUAUCUCUCAGAGACACCGUUAUCACAAUAGAUGCACUUGCUCAAAAACGGAAUAUUUUAUGCAUUUCUGAAGCCUUAUAAUUGUGGUUUUAAUUUUAAUCCCUGCAUGUUUUUGAAAUGUUUUUGCCUGUAAACUGGUAAAAUGUUGGGACCCUUGAGGAGCUCUUUUUAAAUCACUAAGCACAGAACCACGUCCGUGAAGAUUUUAAUUUUUUUUUGUUUUAUUGCGUUUUAGAGUAGUGUGUAAUUGAGACAUCUCAGGGGUACCUCCAUGCUGUUUUAUUUUAACAUUCAGUUUUAUUAGUAAUUACAAUAAAAACACUUUUGUGGGUUUGUCAUUUCAAAUCUGAUCGAAUCCUUAAAACUCAGAAGAGUUAACGGCUGUAGAGACAAACAGGACUUAGUUUUUCUGCCCUGGAAGCUCUGGGGUCACAUUCUGAGACUUCCUGCAGCUUGUGCCUUUCCGGGGCAUUAAGUUUGUAUGAUUCAGGGCAAAAUUCUGGGGAGGGGGAUUUAGACACCCCACCCGCACCCCCUCAAAGAGUUGGAUGUGCACUGGCUCUUACUGCAUAGAUGUCAAAGCAUUUGAAAAACAUUUCACGUUGAUGUCUAAAAAGGGGGUUCAUUUUUCUGAAUAUAUGCACUUCUCUCACUAAGCAAUAAACGAAACGUCGUAGACAGGAAAGAGUGUGAGGAGUGACGCGUGGCUCCGUUCCCUCUGAGCGGUUGCCGGGGCGUUGGUGGCGAUGUCAGCGUCAUGCAAGCGUGACCUGCUCUCUCAGGUGCUAACCAGCUUCGCAGUGUAAAACCGCUGCUGGUGGAGCUGCCAACCGCUCUGUUCAAACAGCCAAAAAUCACUGGUUUUAGGUUCACCGCUCAUUGCUCCUCGCUCAUACGAAGCUGUUUCAAAGGAUUUCAGAAGGUUACACAGUUGAGUUCCUGUGUGAUCGUGCUGCGUCUGAAGCUUCUUCAAUGAUUUCCAGCAUUUUACUACGUCUCAGCCAGACCAAAACCAUUUCAAAUAUGACUUUUCGAUUUCAAGCGAAGCCGCUCUUCAUGAACUGCUACUGUGUUAAACGGCAUUAUUUCCUUGUGGUGAAAACCCAAAGACAACCAGCAGCAGCAGCAGCAGCAGCAGCAGCAUGCCUUAGGUAGUCCUCCACUCCCACAGGCAGUAGCUCUACAGUGUUUGAGGGCAGUUUUCACAGCAUUCUAGAAACAUUACAUAUCAGGCUUGGGCGGGCCAUGCACUGUUUACCUUGUGAAGUAUCUUAGUGAGUGGUUUACAUUUAGGAUGUAUUUAGCAACACAAAAAAAAACAACUGUGAUUGGCUGGUUGGGUUCAUGGGCCGGUGAAGAGUGCUGUUAUUUUGAGUUUGGUCUCUUUUUUUUUUUUGUGUCUCCUGUGUGUUUCUAAUUAAUAAACAACUGAAUUAGAA